AUGGAGUCAUCCACGGCUAAUAUCGAAGAGAAGGCUGCGACGCUCGCGAAGGCCAUGACUUGGCUGGCAAAUGGCGUCAAUGAGAAAUGGGCGACCGAAGAAGAUAGCCGCAAGCUCAAGACUAUCAUGAACUACUUCGAGUUCAUCAUCGAGGACCUCAAAGCUUUGAAAGAUAUGGAAGCACACCCCAAAUUCGCAGAAACACGAGCGAAACUGGACGAAACGCGCGCUGAACUCGAAUCGAAGGCGCAACAGCUCUCCGACUCCGAAAUGGACCUGCAGGCCAGAAUCGACAACGUCGAGGCUGAGCAAACAACCCUAGAAGAUCGCAAAGCUACCCUCGCACAAGAUGAAGAGCGGCUACGAAGCAAAGAGGAGAAGCUGGCCGAAAAGGAACAGCAGCUGAGCAUGGAGCUGGAAGCUUUUCGGUCCACCGUUACGAGCCUCACCGCGGAGAACGAGAAGCUGCGCGAGGCGCAAGACAAAGUGCUUCGAAGCACCGUCACAGAUUUAUCCACUGAAAGAGAGAAGAUCCGGCACACUCAGGAGGAUGUCGUUCGAACAGCAAUCGAAGGGUUUACCACUGAGACCCUCAAACUUCAGCAAUCUCAUGAGCAAACGGUACACCGUGCCAUUGAAGAUUUAGCUACACAAAGAGAGAAGCUGUGUGAAUCGCAGAAAAUUGUGGACCAACAGCGUGAGAGCUAUGAUCAGGACCUUGAAACUCACCUGACGAAACUUGCGGAGAUUGACGAGAUAAAAGACGAACAUCAUCGCCAGGCCCUUGAAGUAUCUGAGUGGUCGGGCAAGGUUCAGAAAGCUCGGGAAACGCUAGAGACUCAAAAAAGCCAAGUCGAGAAGAGGGAAAGGGAACUGGAACAAAGAGCACAGAAAUUGACGGACUUCGAAAAGGGUCUCGAAGACAGGUCGAAUGACUUGGUCAGAAAGAGUGACCUUGUUAAAUUGUCUCAAGAGCAAACCCGAACCAGGCAAGAAGCUCUUGAUGAGAAAGAAAAGAACCUACAUGAUCGAGAGAUUGCCAUCAAUCAACGAGAGGUUGAAUGCAAACAGAGUCUAGAGCAUCUCAAGGACGGCGAAGCACGCCUCGAGCAACGACAAACUGAGCUUGUCAAGGAAGUUGCGGACGUCGAGACGGUGAAGAAGAAUACGUCAGCCAUUCUCAACCAAGUCCAAGCGAUUGUCGUCAAAGGCGGCGAGGCGAUCAAGAUGGUCUCCAACAACAAUGACAUUCUGGAGACCAUGUCAAGCGACGUCAAUGCCUUCCGAGUCACAAUCGCCGAUCUAGAGAAAAGCAAAAGCGAACUGUCAGAGGAACUGACUGACCUCAAAAUUGAAGUCGCGAGUCUCCGUGAGCGCAACGAGUACAUUAGCGACGAUUCCGCUUGGACACACGAGAGAUUGAAGGAGGCAGCCGACGAGCGCGAUCGGCUUAAGGAGCUGAGAGAGUCUUCGCAAUCGGCAUCACAACAGAUGACGGAAGAGCGAGAUCAGCAUAUUAACUCAUUGAAUGAUCAGAUCAAGGCUCAACAAGAAGCUGUGAUUGAUAUUACCAUUGAGAGGGACGCAGAGAUCAAUCGCGCAAAAACACUGCAGGCGGAAAUCGACCAGUAUAGGAAGGAAGUCAAGGUUCUAGAGAAGGACCUCUCGGUGGCUGAAACUAGAGCAACCAACGAGGCACAUAACAAGAUGACCAAAGCUCGUGAGCUACUGAAGGUAACAGCGGAGAGAGACACUCUACUCAAAGAGAACAACAACCUCCAAGCACGAGGAUUGCGCCAGGUGCAACAGAGCCUACCACGAGCGCUGUCCAUGUCUGCGCUAGGCUCGGAUUCAGAGGCAUCGCCGUGGGAACAGAUCGUGCAUAAGGUCUCGGCCGAACUGACCGCCUUGUGUAUCGAGCAGACGAACUCUGUGCCAGAUGUGCGUGAAGUGUACUGGAAUAUCGUCGCCUAUACACUGGAUGACCGGUUGCGUGGAAACUUUGAGCAAUUCCUACACAACGCGCCGGCUGGGGAGUGGUAUUGCCUCGAUCAAGUCCUGGAGAAUGGCCUAACCGAUUUUCCCGAUCUGCUUUACACCCCCUGUCCAUCACACGAGACAGGAGAGUGUUUCCAGAUACAGCGCAUUGAAAGUGCAUUCCCCGGCAGAAUCAGUGUCAGGAAGGUUUGA